GGCGCCUCCACUCCGUCCCCUGCGGGUCUCCUCUGUGUGCAAUGGACGGCAUUGUCCCAGAUAUAGCAGUUGGUACAAAGCGGGGAUCCGACGAGCUUUUCUCUGCCUGCGUCACUAACGGACCCUUUAUCAUGAGCGGCAGCUCGGCCUCUGCAGCAAAUGGGAACGACAGCAAAAAGUUUAAGGGUGACAACAGAAGUGCAGGCGUGCCCUCCAGAGUGAUCCACAUCCGGAAGCUCCCUGGUGACGUCACCGAGGGCGAGGUCAUUUCCCUGGGGCUGCCCUUUGGGAAGGUCACCAAUCUCCUGAUGCUGAAAGGGAAAAAUCAGGCCUUCAUCGAGAUGAACACAGAGGAGGCCGCCAACACCAUGGUGAACUAUUACACUUCCGUCACACCCGUGCUGCGAGGCCAGCCCAUCUACAUCCAGUUUUCCAACCACAAGGAGCUCAAGACAGACAGCUCGCCAAACCAGGCACGGGCCCAGGCAGCGCUGCAGGCGGUGAACUCUGUGCAGUCAGGAAACCUGGCCCUGGCCGCCUCGGCUGCCGCGGUGGAUGCUGGGAUGGCCAUGGCCGGCCAGAGCCCAGUGCUGCGGAUCAUCGUGGAGAACCUUUUCUACCCAGUGACUUUGGAUGUGCUCCACCAGAUCUUCUCCAAAUUCGGCACAGUUCUGAAAAUCAUCACUUUCACCAAGAAUAACCAGUUCCAGGCGCUGCUGCAGUAUGCUGACCCCGUGAGCGCCCAGCAUGCCAAGCUGUCACUGGACGGGCAGAACAUCUACAACGCCUGUUGCACGCUGCGUAUCGACUUCUCCAAGCUUACCAGCCUCAACGUCAAGUACAACAACGACAAGAGUCGGGACUACACGCGCCCUGAUCUGCCCUCCGGCGACAGCCAGCCCUCGCUGGACCAGACCAUGGCUGCUGCCUUCGGUGCACCUGGUAUAAUGUCAGCCUCUCCGUAUGCAGGAGCUGGUUUCCCUCCCACCUUUGCAAUUCCUCAAGCUGCAGGCCUCUCGGUUCCUAACGUGCACGGGGCCCUGGCGCCUCUGGCCAUCCCGUCGGCGGCGGCGGCGGCGGCGGCAGCAGGCCGGAUCGCCAUCCCAGGCCUGGCAGGGGCAGGAAAUUCUGUCCUGUUGGUCAGCAACCUCAACCCCGAGAGAGUCACACCCCAAAGCCUCUUUAUUCUUUUCGGCGUGUACGGCGAUGUGCAGCGGGUGAAGAUCUUGUUCAAUAAGAAGGAGAACGCCCUGGUGCAGAUGGCAGACGGGAGCCAGGCGCAGCUGGCCAUGAGCCACCUCAACGGGCACAAGCUGCAUGGGAAGCCGGUGCGCAUCACGCUGUCUAAGCACCAGAAUGUGCAGCUGCCCCGCGAGGGCCAGGAGGACCAGGGUCUCACCAAGGACUAUGGCAACUCCCCCCUGCACCGCUUCAAGAAGCCCGGCUCCAAGAACUUCCAGAACAUCUUCCCGCCCUCGGCCACUCUGCACCUCUCCAACAUCCCGCCCUCCGUGUCCGAGGACGACCUGAAGAUCCUCUUCUCCAGUAACGGCGGGAUCGUCAAGGGGUUCAAGUUCUUCCAGAAGGACCGCAAGAUGGCGCUGAUCCAGAUGGGCUCAGUGGAGGAGGCCAUCCAGGCGCUCAUCGACCUGCACAACCACGACCUGGGCGAGAACCACCACCUGCGGGUCUCCUUCUCCAAGUCCACCAUCUAGGGCCACCGUGGACCAGCCUGCCGGCGCCCGGCCACAACUUCCAUCAUUCCAGAGAAAAGCCACUUUAAAAAGCAGCUGAAGUGACCUUAAAAGACCAGAGAUUUUAUUUUUUUAAAAGAGAAAUCAGUUUACCUGUUUUUAAAAAAAUUAAAUCCGAUUCACCUUGCUCACCCUGGGGAGAUGGGGUGCCGGCCUCAGGCUCUUGGUGACGAGUGGACAGUGUGCCCCACUCCCUCCCCAGCC